AUGAUGAUUCAUUCCACCAACUGGAAUAUGACGGCAAAGUCGGCCAGGGAUGACCGGGAGCAAUAUUGGGCUGAAAUAGCAACCUCCGUGGAACAGGCCUCGACCGUCUGUUACACUCGAAAACUCUACCAACUUAUCCGCCAAGUUAGUGGUAAGCCCUCAACACUGAAAGACUUAGCUUGCGACGCGAAUGACGGCUUCAUUGUUGAUAACUCGGUCAAAGUCGAGCACUGGCGUGAGUACUUCGAGCACCAUCUUAAAUUCGACAUCCAACCCGCCUCGCCCUUUCUCUCCUCUGGAGCUGAGUUUCUUCCCUCCAACCUAUGCAGUGCCAUGCGACCGCCCUUCUGAUGGAGAGGUCGCCGAUGCCAUACGCAAGCUACGCAACAACAAAGUACCCAGAGAGGACGGCAUACCCGCUGAAAUCUACAAGUCUCGUGUCAACAGUGGCGCUCUGGCUCCACGAGGUGAACAAGUGUGGAGAAACGGGAUUGUUCCUAAUAACUGGGGCUUAGGCAUCCUUGUACGUAUCCUCAAGAAUGGAGAUAAGACAAGAUGCGAGAACUACCGCGGAAUAAGUCUCGUCGACGUUGGCGCGAAGAUUUUCACUAAUGUCCUACUCAGGCGAUUCCAGGCUGUGCGUGACUCUAGGACGAGGCCCAACCAAGCCGGAUUUCGUGGCGGACGUGGAUGCACAGACCGGGUAUUCAGACUGAGGCGCAUUCUCGAAUUUCGCCUUAGCUAUCAACAACUGACGGAUGACGUUUAAAUUCGUCUAUCGUGAGCCCGCAUGGUGGAUAAUGGCACUAGAUGGUGUACCGCCAAAAACCACCGCCAUGGUCAACACCUAUUAUCGCCCCACCACUGCGCGAGUCCUGGCCCACAACAAUCUUUCUCAACUGUUUGGUAUUCGGUCUUACGUUCGACAGGGGUUGUAUUCUGUCGCCCAUUCUGUUCAACUGCGCUAUUGACCUGAUUCUCGAGAGGUCCCUACACGAAGGUGACGGUGGUUAAUUUGCACACGGACACCGACUGACUGAUAUCGACUAUGCCGAUGAUAUUGUCUUACUUGCUUCAAGUUUUAGUGAUCUGCAGUCUAUGGUGUCAUGGGUGUCGAUUACCCAUAAACGCUGUUUUCAAGCUGCAUCUCUGACCAGAAGGUAUCUCUCAGGAUCGAUGGCUGUUAACUUGAAGUAUAAGUUUUAAAUACCUCGGAGAGAGGUUGCUACCGAAUGGGCAGGGUAAAGGCGAUAUUGUCUCCCUCAUUGAUGGCGCCUGACGGGUUUUCUUAAGCCUUCGAAAAUGCCUAUGGAUCAGACGCAACCUCUCCAUUGCCACUAAGAUUCGCGCGUGCCGUGCAUCUGUCCGGUCUGUCCUUCUCUACAGUUGUGAAUGCUGAGCUGUGCGCGUGAAGGACGAGCGAAAACUGGAGGUAUUUGACCACCACUGCUUGAGGACCAUCCUUCGGGUAAAAUACACCGACUUCGUCUUCAAUGUGAAAGUCCGAGCUCGCUGUGACAACAUCGCAAGGAUAACCCAGGCCAUCCAAAAAAGACAAGUGAGGUGGUUUGGGCAUGUUCUUUGUCGUCCAUCCCAGGAGCUUAGUGUUACGGUCCUCGAGCCGGCACCGUUACCCCAUUGGAGGUGUCGAAGAAGUCAACUCAGAACCUGGUUAGACACAAUUCGUCAAUACAUGGAGGUUGCUCUUGGACCUUCGGUUUUUGGUCUCCGUCGUUGGCGAAGAGAAUGGAUUGAACUGUCCAGAUCUGCUGCCGCGGAUAGUCACGCAUGGAGAGGGAUAGCUCAGGACAUCGAGGCCGGCCAGAUCAGGCAUGAUCGCAGCCGUACCAAGUACAAGUAAGUGCUGUCCAAGCACAUUCGUCCACCACACGGGCCUGUUCAGUCGCAUGCGCACACAUGAAAAACUGCGGUAAAACACCACCGGUCAAAUCCAACCACGACAUAUCUCCUCACCAGCACACACACCGCACGGGAACCCGUCCCUCCUUACUUACUACAAGUACGGAAUCGACACUCCUCGCGAGUGGGAAUCGCGCUUUUUGGCCCCUGCUACUGUAGCACACGUCAGGUCCGAGCAGUCAACUCACUUUGUAUAAAAUUUUCGUGUGUGGGGGCCGGGUCGUAUGUGCCACCCGCAGACGCGCUGUUUUUAGUUGUCAGCCACUUCGUCCAAUCCCCGCCUUAGACACCUGACCGGCUCUGAUAGUGUAGUGGUGCCAGAAGAGGGAGGUGGACCUCCGACGCGUAUGCCCCAUUUUAAGCAAUCCAACGCGCUUUAAUCCAUCGUGAUGGGCAAAAAGUUAUAGCUUGGAUGACUGUAAACCGACGGUAUAAGUCGGCCCUCCUCUCAGGACUGACAGUCAGGCCGCAAUAGCCCUUAUCGUGGCCUCAAUAGCACUACCACUCAGCUGGAACCCGAGCCGCCCCCCCCCCUCCCGUUUAUUGUGUGAAAACCUGGUCCACGUCGCGCGAUCCACCUGUGCAUUAAGCCGCCUCCAGUCCUGAAGACUCCAGUGGGGGAGGAGAGUGCGGCAGAGGGUGCGUAAGUCUGUUAGCACUAUAAACUAGUUUACGCGUAUGUCGCCGUCUCUGCGCCCAUCGUCCUGUAGCCACACGGUGGAUAUCGUCGGAAUCGACGUUCUAACUGCCGUUAAGGCUAGGUUCAUGCUCGACUUUGAUUGAUGGCUGUAACUGUCCAGGUUGACUUAAGUUAAAGCCCCCUGCGUAGUACUAUUACAAUUAUACUUGAAGGAUAUGUUGCAGUUUUCUUGAUGACCUUGUUGAAGAUGAGAAGCUACCGUCCGGGAAACUCAUCGUAAUACUGCGGUGAAACCGGGCCAGAAAGGCAUUUCCUUCUGCUUAGAAUAGAGAAAAUCUGUGUCUAUGCAUUGGGAUGACGGUAGUGGAUUGUGUAAACCGCACUAGUUCGGGUGUUCGUGAUUAGGAGUCUUAGCCACAAGAUCGAGUGAAAAAUUGCAGUCUCAGUCGUCUUGUUUAUCAUUUUUUCGGCUGUGGUCACAUUCCGGGUACCCUUAGUUCAGUCUCUUGUGUUUUAAUUACUUCAUUAAUUAACGCACGUUAAGUGAGUAAGCAUUUCGAGAACGACCUUCUCCACAAAAGCUCGAGUUCGACACGACCGUGUCGUUCACGAGCGACACACAAUAUUUAAACAGAUGUCAUGUGUGACAGUGAGAUCAAUUAGACAGUUUUAUAGUCCUCAAUAGCAAGCUCAAGACCACCACCGCUUCCCAAAAAAGAGAACGGCGAAAGCACGCACCAACGUGAAUUUCGAAAUACCCGCACAGACUUUCCAAAAGGAUAGACAGCCAAUAGGAGUGCAGAUUUGGUUUGGUGAGUCCGAAGCCCUAAUAGUGUCGUUCAUAUUCUCUUAAGCAAAUAGUCUUCUCAUAUUUGACGAUUAUGGACCACAACAGAACAGUGAGGAUUAUAAGAACCAGACUGAUAAAGCCUUAGCAUCUUAGGAUAUAUUUUGGGCGUUAUGUGCUCAAGAACUCAUUGAUGAGGUUGGCCGAUUAUACUACAACUAAGAGUUUGUCGUCAAACACGUAAAAUUAAUGUUGGGAGGACUCGCUCUUCCAUCUAGAACCACCACCACACAAGACAUCAGGAAGGCAAAGGUGCUCAGGAAGUCACUGUAACGUCCAAGCCACAACCAGAUAUUAUGUUAGGAUCAGUUGUAACAGCCCAAGCAGAGCAUAGAGUUCCCACCUUGCUCUGAUAAGUAAUUGAUUACGCGUCUGGUAGAAAAUUCCGGACCUAGUUCGACACACGGACCCAAUCAAGAUCGCAGACCUGCAUACCUGCUAAAUCUUACCCUCGAUCGUUUUGUGUUCGCCCUCUCUUUCCUCGCUGUUGCAUUUCGUUUUCCACCUUCAGUGUUUUCCGGAGUAUAGAACAGUUCAAUUUAUUGAGGGAAAUAGAUGUAAGCCUUUGAGUACCUAGUUGAAACGUAAAAAUAUGCGGUAUACAGAAAACGUUCUGGGCUGAAAUAGUUCAAACGACCCUAAAAUGAUAGGACAAAAUGGGAACGAGUUACAGGGGAUGAGCUCGAAUCUCAUCGCUCUUGGUCAUUUUGGAACAUAAAUAUGUCAAGGUUCUUUUUAAAACUCUAUUACUAUGGUGAGAUCACAACAUCUCCUUGAAGGGUAUUCAAUUCAAAGGUUUAACACCUAUAUUUCCCUCAAAAUAAACUGAAUUGUUUGACCACUCGAACAGAGAAGGAGAACUUCCGCACAUCCAGCCUUGCCUGUUGAGUGCGCAGUUUAAACGGGUGACCUCGGAAGUUGGUCGUGGUAGCAAAUUCAAAAAUGUCCUCGAAGGCCAAAUUGCAAUCCAACCCCUUUACAAUGCGGAAGGCUUGCAAGAGAUCUCCGCGAAGUUGUCUGUAACUCAAAGGAAAGGGGCUCAGAUUUACUAGGCGGGUUGCAUAAGGAAAUGAGCUUUGACCUCUAACCAUCUUCGUAGCUCUCCUCUGAACUCCUUCCAGGCAGUUUUGGUCUACAACCGUCCACGGUCUCCAGGCUUGUAUGCCGUCCUCCAAAUGCGAGAGGACGAAUUUUCCAAAUGUCUUUGAAAAAGCAUCUUCGUCAAAGUCCAUAAACGCACGCUUGAUGGCGUACAGUACGGUCAUUGCGCUUUUUGCCAAUCUCAAACAAUGAGCGGAUGGUUUUUAGGAACCCAUCGUCAGCACACCGAGGUCCUUUUGGGAUUCGACCUCUUGUAGCGCUGUACCGCCCAGAAUGUAGUCUCUUAUGCUGCCGGAUUCGGUUGUUUUACCUAGGCGAAGUAUGCUACAUUUACCAACGUUGGACCGCAGGAGCCAACGGUUUGACCACUUCUCCAAACGAUUUAGGUUCAUCUGCAGUCUGUCUUUGUUGGCGGAGACCUGAAUUACACGCCAUAUCUUCAUGUCUUCAGUAAACAUUGCUACUUCAUAGUCUAAAUCUUUUGCGGCAUCGUCCACGUAGAUAAGGAACAAAAUGGGUCCCAGUACUGAACCCUGGGGGACACCACUAUCGACCACAGCCGAAUCAGAUUUUCCCCAACCGAUGCACACAACUUCGUGUCGACCCAAUAGGGAGUUUUCGAUCCAUUUGAGGAAGUUGUCACCGAUCCCUAUUUUUUAAAGUUAUGUAAAAGCCUCCGAUGUGGUACGGUGUCGAACGCCUUCUGGAAGUCGACGAAAGCUAUGUGGACAUCGUACCCGUUGUCAAGAGCUCGAGUCCAGCUCUGGAGAGAUUUUAGCAAGUUUUUCGUACAGGAUCUUCCUUUCCGAAACCCGUGCUGACAUUUUGAUAGCAGGCCGUGAACUUCCAGGAAAUGUAUCAGUUUAUUUUAUAUGAUCCUUUCCAUAACUUUGCAGAGAAUAUAUGUAAAGAUUAUGGGCCUGUGAUUUGUCGCCGACGCCCUGCUACCUCCUUUGUGUAGCGGAGUAAUAUGCGCCAGCUUCCAAUCGAUAGGAAGGGUUCCGGUGUCAAAUGACGUUUGAAAGAGCAUCGACAAACGCACAGAAAGCUCACUGGCAAGUUCCUUGAGAAGCUUGGGUGUAAUCUCAUCUGGUCCUGGUGACUGCGAUUCGUUCAAUGCCUCUAUUUCUCUUCGGACAAUGCUUUCUGAGAAGAGUAUAUAACUGACGCUUGGGGUCGGCAGUUCUUCUGUGUAUGGAGGAAGGAACCUUGCCUCGUGUGUGUAGACUGAUUGGAAAACUGUGAAAAACACAGCCUUAUCCCUACUUUCAGCAAUCUCAACACCCUCAGUAGUCCCUGUUAAGGGGAUUUGAUUAUUCUUCCGUGUACUUCAUCGGAGGUAGCUGUAAAGUAAUUUUGGGUUCUUCUUUGCCUUUUCUAGCAAUUUCUUCUCGAAUUCCCACCGCGUCUUCAUGCUCAGGUUCCUCAGUUUGUUCCUCUGUGUCUUGUAGGUGAUGAAAUACUCAACUCGCCCAGUGACGCAGUAUUUUCUCUACAAUUUGUGUUUCCUGUUGACCUCUUUCUUAAGGUUGUUAUUUGGCCACCCAGGGCGUUUGUCCAGUCUAACGCUAAUCAGUGGGAAGUGGUUCUUGAUGAGUUGCAGAAGGACAUUCUUGAACAACUCUUAGUCAUCGUUGGCAUUACCCGUAAACAAUGA